CAUUUUUAAAAUCAUGUCUCUUCCCAAAAGAAUCAUCAAGGAAACCGAGCGUUUGUUAGCAGAUCCUGCACCUGGAAUCAGUGCUACACCUCAUGAGGAAAACUUGCGUUACUUUGAUGUAAUUAUUGCUGGACCUGAUCAAUCUCCAUUUGAAGGUGGUGUCUUUCAUUUAGAAUUAUUCUUACCCGAGGAUUACCCCAUGGGACCUCCUAAAGUACGUUUCUUGACAAAGAUUUACCAUCCCAAUAUCGAUAAGUUGGGUCGUAUCUGUCUUGAUAUUCUUAAAGAUAAAUGGUCACCCGCUCUCCAAAUUCGUACCGUGUUGCUUUCUAUACAAGCAUUAUUAUCAGCUCCUAACCCCGAUGAUCCUUUGGCUAACGAUGUUGCUUCUCAUUGGAAGGAGGAUGAAAAGGGUGCUAUUGAACAAGCUCGUCAAUGGACCCAAAUGUACGCUCAUACAUAAAUCUAAUUUAUAUAUAACAAAAAAAAAAAGAGAGUGAGAGAGAUAGGACGACUACAAUAAACAUUUUAUCAAUCCCCUUAUAUACAUGAUAUAGAGAAUUUUCAUUAUUAUUAUUAAAAAAAAAAAAAAAAAAGUCACCGUCCAAUGACCAUUUAACA